AUGCAUAUUUUCACAGCGUCACUCCUGGCCAUGCUGGCUUCCGUCGCGGUGGCAGUGCCAACCCGAACUCUUCAAGGCGAUUCUGCCGUGCACCGUCGGACGGUUCAGAAGAGAGCUUCCAUCACGGAUGCCUGUGAUAUUGGCUACGCCACCGAGAAUGGCGGGACGACUGGCGGCUCAGGCGGCACGACCACGACGGUGUCGACGCUGGCCCAGCUGACGGCGGCGGCCUCGUCGAAAGACUCAAUGGUGAUCGUCGUGAGCGGUGCGAUUACCGGGGCAGACAAGGUGAGGGUGGCGUCGAACAAGACGAUCAUCGGCGCAUCUGGCAGCUCCAUGACAGGAGUCGGCCUCUUCAUCAGUAAGGCGUCCAACGUGAUCGUGCGCAACAUGAAGAUCAGCAAGGUUCUGGCCGCGAACGGCGACGCGAUCGGGAUCCAGGCGUCGAACAACGUCUGGGUGGACCACUGCGACGUCUCCAGCGACCGGGACCACGACAAAGACUUCUACGAUGGGCUCAUGGACGUGACCCAUGCCAGCGACUACAUCACGAUCUCCAACACACACCUGCACGAUCACUUCAAGGCCUCUCUUGUGGGCCACUCGGACAACAACGGGGCUCAGGACACCGGGCACCUGAUCGUGACGUUUGCCAACAACUACUGGACCAACGUGAACAGCCGGGGACCAUCGGUCCGGUUUGGCACGGGGCACAUCUUCAACUCCUACUACAGCAACGUCAACGACGGCAUCAACACGCGGAUGGGGGCGCAGCUUCUGAUAGAGUCGUCGGUGUUUGAAAACGCGAGCAGCGAGGUGAUUUACUCGGCCUACAGUCACUCGGCAGGCUUUGCUGUGGUGAAGGACGUGGACCUGGGCGGCUCGAAGAACACGGCAGCGACGGGAACGCUGACGAGUGUGCCGUACUCGUACAAGCUUCUGGGAUCAGCCAACGUGAAGAGCUCGGUGAUGGCGAACGCGGGACAGACGCUGAAGUUUUAG